AUGCAUUGGUUAGCUCUCUACAUCUUUUCCUUCUGGCUCGCCCUUGGUGCGUCGGCUCUGAAUACAACCGUGCCCUAUAAGCUAAAGACUCCUCCUCUCGAUACCCCCUGGACGGAGGAUGUUGGCACUGAGCCCUGGCCGGAGUAUCCGCGCCCGCAAUUGCAACGGACCAAAUGGCAGAAUCUGAACGGCUUGUGGCAGUAUCGCAGAGCUGCGAAUGUGGAUGCAGUGGGUAGUCCUCCUUUUGGACAGGCUCUCGAUAACGAGGUUUUGAUCCCCUCCUGCCUGGAGAGUGCACUGUCUGGCAUUCAAGGCAAAAAUACCUUCUAUUCCUGGUUCACUCGAAAGUUCAACGUGCCCGACUCCUGGAGUGGUGAGCAUGUACUGCUGCAUUUUGGCGCUGUUGACUACGAAGCCACUGUUUUCGUCAAUGGCAAACAAGCGGGUUUCCACCGGGGCGGAUACUUUCAUUUCUCAGUCGAUGUUACCACUCACAUCAAGUUCGACGGUGAAAAUGAACUAUUGGUUUUUGUGCACGACCCCACCGAUCAACAAGGGCACGUCAUCCCCAUGGGCAAGCAGACCCUGAAUCCUUCGCACAUUUUCUACACGCCCUGCAGCGGCAUCUGGCAGAGUGUCUGGAUUGAGCCGGCCCCGGCGAACCAUAUCGUGCGGUUGGACCUGGACGCGAACAUGGACGGUCAAGUCAACGUCACCGUGCACAGCGCCACCGGUAAUGCCACCGCUGUCAGGAUCGCCGUGCACGAGGGCGACGACAAGCUGACCUUCCACCGCGGUACCUCCGACAAGCCGUUCCAAUUCGAGGUGGGCGAUGUCGAGCUGUGGAGUCCGGACUCGCCAACGCUGUAUAACGUCACCGUGCAGAUGGGCAAGGACAUAAUCACCAGCUACACAGGCUUUCGCACCAUCUCCAAGGGCAAGGUCAACGGCGUCUGGCGACCCCUAAUAAACGGCGAGUUCACCUUCAUGUUUGGCACUCUCGACCAGGGGUACUGGCCGGACGGACUGUACACUCCUCCUAAUCGCGAAGCGAUGGUGUACGAUCUAGAAGUGCUGAAGGGUUUGGGAUUUAAUAUGCUGCGAAAGCACAUCAAAAUUGAAUCCGAACUCUUCUAUCGCGCAUGCGAUGAGAUUGGUAUCCUGGUUAUUCAGGAUAUGCCCUCUCCUCGUCCCCUGCAGUCAACCACCGACGCCGCCUGCCAGAGCGUCACCAUCCUUCCGUACGGGGCGGCUCAGCAGGAGUUCACCCGGCAGUUGGAGCUGAUGGUGAACCAAUUCAAGAGUCAUCCUAGCAUUGUCACCUGGGUCAUUUACAACGAGGGCUGGGGCCAACUCAUUGAGGGAUAUCCUGAGUUUGCCCUCACUGAGCGUGUCAAGCAGUUGGAUCCCAAUCGUCUUGUCAUUGCUACCUCCGGUUGGAUUGAUCACGGUGCUGGCGACUUCAGCGACAACCAUCAUUAUGCCAAUCCUCAAUGUGGAACUCCUUUCUACUCUUUGCAGUCUCGGCCGUAUGAUCCCAGUCGCAUCGCUUUUCAAGGCGAGUUCGGUGGUAUCGGCUCUAACGUCUCUAUUGAGAACCUCUGGAACAACCAGAAGGCCAUCAACUCUAUCAACGAGACGUACGAGAUUGACGAGACCCUCGACGCAUGGAACUAUCGCAGCCACCUUCUGCUGUCCGAGCUGCAGGAUCAAGUGCGCCGGUUUGACUGCAGCGGAGGUGUAUGGACGCAGACCACCGACGUCGAGGGCGAAGUCAACGGACUGAUGACUUACGACCGGCGGGUCAAGCGUGUGGACGAGGAGCAGUGGAAAGCCGAUAUUCAGAGGCUUUAUGAUGCAGCGGAGAAGCGGAGAAACGCGUCCAUGAUUGAGUAA